AUGGUUGAUGAAAGCCUGAGGACAGUGGCACCCCAGGGUCUGGCGCGUGUUCUGCUUGUUAUCUUUAUCUUUUUCCUUAUUACGACUGCUUUCGUCGUCAUUCUGCGAUGUUUUGUUCGAUUGAGGUAUCAUAUUUUCGGUAUUGAUGAUGGUCUUAUGCUUAUCGGUUGGUGGAUGUGGAUUGGACAGACUAUAUACAGCAUGUCGUUAAUUCCUCUUAAAUGCUCCAUCUGCGUCACCUUAUUGCGAAUUGCUGUCACGAAGCUUCAUCGCAUUAUCGUGUGGGGCACUAUCAUCUUCACUAUAGUCACGAUGCUCUAUAACGUCAUUGCGACCUUUGCGGCCUGCGUUCCCAUUACUGCCAACUGGGAGAAACGUGGAAUAUGCUUAUUGCCGGUGAUAAUGAGUACAGGCUAUACGGUAUCUAUCAGCGCUGUUAUAUCCGAUUGGACUUGCGCCGUUCUACCUGUGUUUAUGUUGUACAAGUCCAACAUGAGAAGAACUACCAAGAUUUCUGUGAGCAUUGUUCUUGGCUUGGCUGCUAUGGCAUCGCUCUGUACUAUCAUUCGACUGCCCUACUUGAAAGCCUUCUUUGACACUCAGGAUUACCUAUAUGAUGUCGCAAACAUUGUCCUCUGGUCCACCGCCGAGUCAGGAAUUGGGAUAAUCGCCGGUUCCUUGCCUCCAUUACGUAAACUUGUCAGCUCCCGUUUCCAUUUCGAGACAUCCACGGGAAGCUCUCCAGCUCACGUGACACCAUUUGCUGGUACCAGCAGAGCUAUCAUCAUCUCGCAGUCGGUGCCGGCCGCACAUGGGAGUUACAGAAGCAAAGUGGGUAAUAAUUGGGAGCAGCUGGAUAACAGCGAGGGCGCAUCCAGCGGAAACAUUCAUGUUAAAGUUGAUUUGGAAAUGCACUACCUGGAGAGGCCAGCAACGUCGCAGGAUUCAGAUGGAUCCCGUGAAGACUUAGUGCAUCGAUGA